UCUACAGUUGUCUAUCUGAUGUGUGUCAUUUUUGGGUACCUGGCUGAAAAUAGGCUGAGCUGAAGUGCGCACACAUCUGACAGAAACUGACGCAUAGUGAGCAUUCAGCUGUGUGACACGGUGUAGAUGAAUCCUGAUUGAAUCAUGUCAGACUCUAUACUGGAAGAAAUCUUCGUUAAAAGAUCUCAGCAGAAGAAGAAGACCUCACCCUUAAACUACAAAGAGAGACUGUUUGUUCUCACUCCAGAAAAAAUAGCCUACUAUGACUAUGAUCCUGACAAAGCGAAGCGAAAAGGUUUGAAAGGGUCAGUUGACCUAGAGAAGAUCAAGUGCGUUGAGAUAGUCCAGCCAGAGCCCAAUGCCCCCCCAGAGCGCAUCUAUCCAUUCCAGAUCAUUUAUGAUGAAGGGCCGCUGUACAUAUUUUCAAAGACUGAAGAUGUACGGGUUCACUGGAUAAACAAGCUUAAAGAAUUGGUGCGCUUCAACAAAGACCUGAUGCAGAAGUACCAUCCAUGUUUCUGGGUUGAUGGGGUGUGGCUGUGCUGCCACCAGGAAGUUAAACAAGCCAUGGGUUGCAAAGUGCUUGAUAGUAAGAAUGGUUUUACAUCUCAACCAUCUCGGCGAAGGGGCUCCAGGAAACCACUUCCUCCGACCCCUACAGAGGAAAAGCCUACUCGUCCUUUGCGUCCACAGCCUCCUGACCCGCCUGCUAACCCUGCAAGCAUGACUGUCGUAGCUGAGUACAAUUACACACCCAUGACACCGCAAGACCUGGAGCUACAGAAGGAUGAGGAGUACACCAUCCUGGAGAGGUCUGACGCAAACUGGUGGAGAGCCCGAGACAAAUACGGGAAUGAAGGUUAUAUACCAAGUAAUUAUGUUGUUGAAGCAGAAAAGGGGCUAGAAAGAUUUGACUGGUAUUGCAAGAAUAUGAACCGUAGCCAAGCAGAAAAGCUGUUAAAGACUGAGAACAAAGAUGGAGGCUUCUUGGUACGGGACUCAAGCAAAGCCGGGAAAUACACUGUGUCUCUGCUUACUAAGGGCGGUGGGGAAGCUGCUGGAAGCUGCCGACAUUAUAACAUCUGCACCACCCCGCAGGGCCAGUAUUACUUGGCAGAGAAGCAUAAUUUUAACACCAUCGCAGAGCUCAUCAACUAUCACCAGCACAAUUCAGCAGGUAUGGUAAGCAGACUCAAACACAUCGUUUCUAACCGGACACGGCCCCCAUCCACAGCAGGGCUUGGUUAUGGUGUGUGGGAGAUCGACCCACACCACCUCACCUUCAUCAAGGAGUUGGGCUCCGGCCAGUUUGGCGUGGUGAAGUAUGGGAAGUGGCAGGGACAGCAUGAUGUGGCCAUUAAAAUGAUUAAAGAGGGCUCUAUGUCAGAAGAUGAUUUCAUAGACGAAGCCAAAAUCAUGAUGAAGCUUCGCCAUGAAAACCUGGUCCAGCUCUAUGGUGUGUGCACCAAACAAAGGCCUAUUUAUAUAGUGACUGAGUACCUUGCAAAUGGCUGCCUGCUCACAUACCUCAAGGAGGGUCUGAAGCAGCACCCAACAACCGUCCAGCUCCUAGAGAUGUGCAAAGAUGUCUCAGAGGGCAUGGCCUACCUUGAGUCACACCAGUACAUCCACAGAGACCUGGCUGCCAGGAACUGUUUAGUAGAUGGAAACGGCACAGUCAAAGUGACUGACUUUGGCCUAUCAAGGUAUGUUUUAGAUGAUGAAUACACAAGCUCGGCAGGUGCAAAAUUUCCUGUUCGCUGGUCGCCACCGGAGGUCCUUCUUUACUGCAAAUUCAGCAGUAAGUCAGACAUCUGGGCAUAUGGCGUUUUAAUGUGGGAAGUGUACACUUUGGGACGGCUUCCGUAUGAGCGCCUCAACAACACGGAAAUAGUGGAUCAGGUGUCGAGGGGGCUGCGCCUCUACCGCCCCCAGCUGGCCAAUGAAAAGGUUUACAGCAUUAUGUCAAGCUGUUGGCUUGAUAAAGCAGAGGAGCGACCCAACUUUCAGGAGCUGGCGCUGACUGUUCAGGAUUUGCUGUAUGAGCUCCAGUAGGCCUCAGAGUAAUUUAUCAGCAUAAAACAUCAACAGUUCACGCUGAAGCAUACAGAGCAGCAUCUUCAGACGUGCCUGGGAAGAUAACACAAUUACUGAAAGAGUUAACAGCACACCGAGGUCCUGUGAAUAUCACCAUUGCUCACUGAUUAUACUGUCCUUUUCGUCACAUAAGUAAAAGUACGUUUCUAUAGAGUAGCGUUUAAAUUGUGUAUAUUUUAUGAAACCCCACCGGAUUGAGAUUGUAUGAAUUUAGUGACUUUUGUUUAAUAUUUGUGGAAUGUGCAAACAUCUUUACCUGUCUAAGCAAGCUUUGUAAGCCCAUGUGUAUUGCACAAAUAAAAGCCAAGUAUGCCCGGCUUUGAAAUGUCUGAAACAUAGUGUGGAAUAAAUAU